AUGAAGACCUUCACUGCUUUCCUCACGCUGGCCCUCGCGGGCUCCAGCUUAGUCGCCGCCCAGCUCGGCCUACCCGAUUGCGCUCAAAAUUGCGCCAACAGCUUCCUCCAGGGCGGCAUCGGUAACUGCGGCCGCGACGUCGAGUGCAUCUGCAGGGACAAGAGCUUCCUCGGCGAGAUCGCCUGCUGCUUGGCCGGCGACUGCAACGAGGCCGACCAGAAGCAGGCCGUCGCUGCUGCUGCCAACAUCUGCAAAGCAGUCGGCGUAAACGACCUCCCGACCGCGGUCGCCUGCUCCACCGGCGCAGGCGGCGCCACCUCCACGGGCAAGAGCAGCGCGGCCGCGACCACCACUGGCUCCUCGUCUGGCACUGGCAGCGGAGCCACCACCACCCCGGCGCCCACCGGCACGGCCGGCGGCAGCGGGAACAACGCGAGCUCGAGCAGCACCAACUAUGGCCCGCGGCAGACGGCGGCGGCGGCGGGGCUGGGGGCGGUUGGUGGGAUUAUGGCUGCUGUUGCGCUGCUUUAA